AUGACUUCCUGCUGACGCAUGUUUUACAUUUCAUUAUGCCGUGAAUAAUCGUGGUGCAUUCUAAUCCAACGCUUGCUGUUAAACAUUUAAAUAACUGUGUUUUCUUUAUUUGCAUCGUCUUUUUCAUGCUGACAAAAAGACGAUGCAAAUAUAUAUAUAUAUAUUAAAAUAAGUUCAACGAGGGACGCAGGGGAAAGGGGGCGGCGUUCACCAGUCAGUGGAAUGAAAACCACUGUACGGACAGAAUCAAACACUACAUUUGGCCUACAUCGGCUCGUCCAGGCGCAGUCAAACUCCUCGGAAUUAUAAGAACGUUUUCAACUUUUAGGGUCAUUGAACAACUGUCAAAUAAUACUGCGAAUGUAACCGCAACAUUGUCGUGCCACAAAGGAGUUCUCAGUAAAGUUUUAGAAACUUUCAGCACUGCGUUCCCGAGGCCGCAGUGUCAUGCCAGAGGGAUCUCUCAACACCACCUAUGAAGUCCCAAUGGGUGAAGAAUCCCCCCGUUUGUCCACUGCCUCCAUCAGUAGUAAUGAGCGGGCACCCUCCGCCACACCCUCCGACUGCUCCGACUUCCCCUCCGCUGGCCAGCGCCCCGUGAGCCUGGUCUCCACCUUGUCCUCGGGGUCAGGGUCAUCCCGGGACGACGGCCCCGCUCCGCCUCCACCUGGCGGCACCGUGCCCCCUACCGGAGACGACAUCGACUUGGAGCUGAAUCCUCCGGUUGGCGAUCAGGACCGCCAGCACCCCGAUACGGCGGACCCUUCUGGGGAAGGACUGGUCUCUCGUGGCGGGAAGUUCGACCAGCUUAACAACACUGACACGCCCUUGCGGGCUGGCAGCACCCGCCACACGCCCCCGUUAUCGCCCUUCGCAGCCAUAACCAUGGCGCCCAACCCCAAGAUCACCUACUUGGAUCGGGUGGUCAUGGAGAUCAUCGAGACGGAGCGCAUGUACGUGAGGGAUCUGCGCAGCAUCGUGGAGGACUACCUGGCCCACAUCAUCGACCAGGCAGACCUACCCAUUAGACCAGAACAGGUGUGUGCCCUGUUUGGAAACAUCGAGGACAUUUACGAGUUCAACAGUGAACUGUUGCAGUCCUUAGAUAUGUGUGACAACGACCCUGUUGCCAUCGCUAGGUGCUUCGUCAUGAAGAGAGAGUAUUUUGAGAUCUAUACACAGUACUGUACCAACUACCCAAAUUCUGUGGCUGCUCUGACAGACUGCAUGAGGAACAAAUCCUUGGCCAAGUUGUUCCGGGAGCGGCAGGCCUCACUAAAACGCUCCCUUCCCCUGGGCUCCUACCUGCUCAAGCCUGUACAGAGGAUCCUCAAGUACCACCUAUUGCUUCAGGAGAUAGCCAAGCACUUUGACCCACAAGAGGAGGGCUAUGAGGUAGUGGAAGAAGCCAUCUACACCAUGACAGGCGUGGCCUGGUACAUCAACGACAUGAAGAGGAAACACGAGCAUGCCGUUCGACUGCAGGAGGUCCAGUCUUUGCUGAUCAACUGGAAAGGACCGGACCUGACCACGUACGGGGAACUGGUCCUGGAGGGCACCUUCAAGGUCCACCGGGCCAAGAACGAGCGCACACUCUUUCUCUUCGACCGCAUGCUCCUCAUCACCAGGCGCCGAGGAGAGCACUACGUCUUCAAGACCCUCAUCUCGUGUUCCACCCUCAUGCUAAUCGAGAGUGCCAAGGACUCUCUAAGCUUCAGCGUCACUCACUACAAGCACCCCAAGCAGCCCCACACAGUGCAGGCCAAGACUGUGGAAGAGAGAAAACUAUGGGCCCAUCACAUCAAAAGGAUCAUUCUAGAAAACCAUCAAGCCAUCAUCCCUCAGAAGGCAAAGGAGGCCAUCUUAGAAAUGGACUCGAUUUACCCAUCAAAGUUCCGGUACAGUCCAGAGAGAAUGAAAAAGGCCAUGUCCUGCCAAUCAGACGAGUUUCCCAGAGAAGGUCGUCAGGGGCGACGGCAGUCAGAACCGACCAAACAGAUCCUGAAGAACACCAAAGCCGUCCUCAAGCACGCAGACAGUGAAGGAGCCCUACCAGACGACCCGCACUCCAUUCAGGCAGCCGCUAGCGUCAGCACCCUGGGCUCGAGCCUAGGCGAGUCCGAGGCUGAGAGGCCUAGUGUGGAGGAGGAAGAGGAAGAAGAAGAAGAGGAGGAGGAUAUGGGCCUUAGGAAGGGCUCACUUGAGAGGCUAAGCCCCAGUGACAUUGAGGAGCCGAGGACAGGGUCAUCAUCCCACAAGGGCAGGGCGACUCUGGGGGAGGAAUGUGACUCGGAUGAUAUUCUGAUGGAGGAAGACCAGGUAGAGGACUUUGCCAGUUCCAUGCUGGCCGCCAUCUCCUGCUGGCACUAUAGAGCCAGGGCUUUGCUUUCCAUGGGGGUCACAACGGAUGAAGAGGGAGACGAUGUAGUUGAGGAGAAUGGGUCUUACAAAGAGAAUGGGAUUUCAUCUGGUCCUGUGUUACAGUCGGAGACGGAGCAAAGCACCUCCAUCGCGGAGAAGGCUCCUCAGGACAAGCCACUGCUCCAGACAAAGACCUCUGCCUCAGAGUCCACUGAAAGGCUUAAGCCAGCCCCCUCGGACCCAGAGAAGGCUUCUGCCACUCCUCCCAAGGUCUGCACCACUCCUCCCAAGGUCUGCACCACUCCUCCCAAGGUCUGCACCACUCCUCCCAAGGUCUGCACCACUCCUCCCAAGGUCUGCACCACUCCUCCCAAGGUCUGCACCACUCCUCCCAAGGUCUGCACCACUCCUCCCAAGGUCUGCACCACUACCCGCUGGAUCACGUUACCAGAGCCCCAGAGUGACAAGGAGGAUGCAAUGGAGGAACAGACCGGGGCGUCGUCAGCAUCUCAGUCAGAUGACAUAAAAACAUUGAGCAGUGCAGAAUCUUCAGAAGAAGAGGAGGAAGAGGAAGUAGCAGCAGCACAGGAGAGCGGGCCCAGCAGCAUUCUACCUCCCUCCGUACUGAAUCAAGCCAGUGCCAUCGCGGAGCACUUCACCAACAGCGCCAGGCGAAGCAGCACGGAUGAUGCCCGCUCCCUUGGCUGCCCCUCGCCACGCCUUCCCAGCCGGACUGGCAGCACCCUCAGCCUUGGCGGCGAAGGCAAUGAACGCCCCCACUGGCUGAACAGCUCCUGCUUCGAACCGACCCAGGACAACUUUGGCGGAACGGAUCUGACUAUGCUUUCUCCGAGGGAUGACAGCCUCUUUGAGAUCCACAGGAGGAGAGACUCUACCCUAUCCAAGCAGGACCAGUUGCUCAUUGACAAAAUCAAAAGCUACUACGAGACUGCCGAGCACCAGGAUGCCAACUUCAGCCUCAGGCGCAGGGAGAGCCUGACCUACAUCCCUACUGGCCUUGUCAAGAACUCUGUCAGCUGGUUCAACAGUUCGGACGAGAGCCCUGGCGCAGAGAAAAGUGAUACAUCAGCCUUGGCCACUUCCUCUGCACCCCACCCUUCCACUUCAGAACCUGAUUCAUCCAAGGCUCCAGGCGUCUGGGACUGCAUGACCUCCGGUGGAUCAUUUGACUCACUGGAGUUGGAAAGAAGUAAGAAGCCUGAGGUGGUGGGUUCAGAGGCAGAGAGAAAGGACCGGCCUCUGGGUUUACAGGAGAGGCACAUCCAGGACGAUGAGUUCCGACCUUCAUCUGAGAUGAUCAAGGUUUGGCAGGACAUGGAGAAAAAGGGGAGUAGAUCCCAGGGAGAGGCCAGAGGCCCUGUGAAAGACACCGAGGCUCAACAGAAGACCUCUAGAGUCGCUGGUCCAAGCCUGAGCAGAAGGAGCCAGACUCCAAAGAAGAACUCUGAAUCGGAGCCUGACGAUUCCUUUAUGAUACUGGAGGAAGCUGACCUGAGCACCAUCACUGAAGAAUCCAUGAGCCCUUCGCCCAUUAAGAGCAAGGUGUUGGGGCUUGGCCGUACAGCGAGUGUGAGGGAUCCCCGCAGAUCCAGGGUUGACGAGGGUAGGCUUUCCAGAGCUCCUAUGCCCAGGGUCAUCCAGUUGAGGGCUGAGGAAGGGGAGGAGGCCAGCAAGGAGCCUCAGUCGCCAGACGAUGCGGAGAUGGCUAAGAACAAAGUUUUCCAGUUGGCCCGGCAGUACAGCCAGCGUAUCAAGUGCACCACACCAGCUCCUAGACAGCGAGAUGUCCUGUUUGGAAAGAAGAAUCUGCCCUGUGUGAUCGAGGAGAAGCCAGAGAGCUCAGGUAAACCCAACUUGACGCUGCCCCUGCUCCCGUUUGAUCGUGUGAGCAAUCUCCAGGAGUUGAGUCCCAUAUCUCCCAACCCUGCUCACAUGCCUAGCUCUUUGGGCAGUCCCCGAGUCCUUUCACCCGGCCGCAUGUCCGCCAAGAGCCCACUCAAUCCUACGCCUACCGAGGCUUUUAACUGGCCCGACGUGCGGACACUUCGCUGCAAGUAUGCCAGCUCGGACAAAGAUCAGUCCCAGCUGCCGCCAGUUAACCGAAGCCGUUCAGUUCCUGAGAGGAUGGACAGCGGCCCCAAAAGGCGCUCAAGCUUCUGCUCCAGCUUAGUCACUGCUUCUGGUACGGUCGAGGCUCCGGCCUACAGACCCCACCUCAGCAGGGACCCUGGCCCUGGAGAGGGGUUGGCUAGACUCCACAGGGCCGGGUCAUUGGACCAGAGACUGAGUGGGCUGCAUCUGAGUGAGCUACAGAACCUCCAGGAUGAAGUCCCUAAUGACAGUUACUACAUCUCGGCACAGGCCACCAUGCCCAAUGACCACAGGGUCGUUGUUGUGGAGAAGGUUCCGGAGCCUGAGACAGAAUCCAGCUCUGCAGAACCACUGGAGAUGGUACUCAGGGCAAGGAGAGUAGAGGUGGUAGAGGACAUAGAUGAUAGCUAUGUCCAGAUCCGUUCACCGACCACUAGAGAGAAAAUCUCCAUCAUGGCUGUAAUCGACCGCUGCCGGGCCUAUCAGGAGUCAGAUGAGUAUAGGCAAAGGGAGGAGGGCGGGGCUAAGGCAGAGUCAGUACCCUUAAGUGGGAGGGGCAAGGAACUUGACAAGGGUUCACCCUCAAAUGAAAAGCUUGAAGAUGCCCAGAAAACUGCCAUGAACUUGGUCAAAAAGACAGAUGCUAGUCAACAGAACGUGGUGAAAAACUUGAGACAAAAAUUCCUUAACUUGAGGUGAAUAGCACCAGUAAACUUUUUAAGUAACCUUUUAUUCUGUUCAUAUUUUUCAUCAACUAAGGGGUUUAAGUUAGGUAUGUUGAUCUCAAGUUAGGAUUCGGUGUGCGUGUUGGUCAGUCUUGUACUGCAAUUUAAUGGUUUAAGCUUUGCUGUCAAACUUUCUGUGUACAUAGAAGCGGUUAUUGUGACAGCCCAGGGAAAAUGUAGUUGUUUUGUCUCAAAUGAUGCAUAGAAAUGUUUAAAUAUCUAUGUACAAUACUCAAGAGAACCCUCUCUUGAUCCUGAAAUGAUGUCGGUCUAAAGCACCUUUUGUAUAGCUUGUGUUGUUCCAUCAUAAGGCAAUUGUAUUGCACAAUUGAAGAGAGCAAUAUUUUUGAGGGAGUGGAAUGUAUUUCGUUUUCUUUCUAGGGUGGCUACCCACUGGGCACAGAUGUCACUUCAACGUCUAGUUUUGAUUUACAUUUGAUUGACUUGUCAACUAACGUAAAUUCAAGGUAAAACCAACAAACAUUUUCACCAUCAUUGGAUUUAGGUUCAAAGUUGGGUGAAAAAAAGACAAAUUACCUAAAUUCCUUUACGUCAAUGACCAUGUUGAUUCAAUGUCUUCAAAUGUAAUUGUUUUGUUGAAAUGAUAUGGAAACAACAUUGAUUCAACCAGUUUGUGCCCAGUGGCUACUGUGUCUCUGACAUGAAAUGAAAGCCCCUCAACAUCAUAGCAGCACUACUGUUUACUGGAAAGCACAGAAAUAUAUGAUAUUGUCUGACGACAAUAGUUUUCGGGGGAAAUGCUGACCAGAAAAUUAAGGGAAUGAGUCUGAAACUUGAGAGCAUUGCAUAAUUUGCUGUUUUUACCAUCUUUCCUUGAACUCUCACCCUGCACUAGACUUAACUUUCACUGCACAUGGCCUGACCACUAAAAUACACAUGAGAGAGUCAUGGCCAUACUGGGAUAUAAUGGUUUGUUAAUUGCCCUGUGACCACUUUAUAAAUCCCACCUGAAGUGGUGAUAGCUCAAGGAUUGUCUUGUAAUUUUAUAUAAUCAUUGAAUUAUCAAAUGGAUUGAGAAUCAAAGACCCUGUAUGAAGUGUUGCUCUUUUCUAGUUAGUCAACUUCUUACCUUGAUUAUAUAUAUAUCAUUGUUCAGUUAAUUGGCUAAUGAUGUGCACUUUGUAUGUGUUCUCUGCUUCGGCUGCCCAAAGGAACUUCAUUCUCAGCAACAGGUCAUUGAAAUGAGUGGACGUAAAACUUGAAAGAGUGAGAUCUAGUGUACACGUAUAGAUCCAGGGGACCCUAGUCAAAAGGGUCCAGGUCUUCUACUGCUAAAAAGUGUUACUGUCACUGCUCACUACUCCGAGGGUCAUUCCUUUUCUUCACUAUCUACAUUUACCUCUUAUUUAUUAAGCCAACGUCAAUUUAUGAACAUUACUUGUCUUGUCUUUAUAUAUUUGUGAGUGUGUAUGUAUGUGUAUAUAUAUGUGUAUAUAUAGAUACAUAUAUAUAUUUAUAUAUAUAUAUGUGUGUAUAUAUAGAUAUAUAUGUGUGUGUGUAUGUUGUCUUGUAUCUUGACGGUUGUACAGAAAUGUUUGUGUUGCCUAGAGACGGUAUACAUUCCAUAUUAAAACAUACGGCUCACUUGUCCAGAAAAAAAUGUUUAUUGUGUGCGCAUGCGUGCGUUCGAGUCAGGGAGAGCAUGUCUUUCUGUUUCUUUUAAAGAAUUUGGGCUGCAUGGCUGAACAAAUAAGGUUUAGUUGAAUCUCCUUUACGGUUUACAUAUUAGAAUUUGGGCUGCAUGGCUGAACAAAUAAGGUUUAGUUGAAUCUCCUUUACGGUUUACAUAUUAGAAUUGGGGCUGCAUGGCUGGACAAGAAAGAUUUCGUCGAAUCUCCUUAACACGGAACCCAAACCGUCUGCGUCCGCCAUCGUGCACACAAAAUUAUUUUGUACCCCCACAUCAAACGCGAUCGUGACACGCAGGUUAAAAUAUCAAAACAAACUCUGAACCAAUUACAUUUAUUUGGGGACAGGUUGAAAAGCAUUAAACAUUCAUGGCAAUUUAGCUAGCUAGCUUUCACUUGCUAGCUAAUUUGUCCUAUUUAGCUAGCUUACUGUUGAUAGAUCAUUUGUCCUGGGAUAUUAACAUUGAGUUAUUUUACCUGAAAUGCACAAAUGCCACUGACCUUGUUCGUCUUUCAGUCACCCACGUGGGUAUAACCAAUAAGGAGACUGCACGUGAGUGGGUACCUGCUUCUAUAAACCAAUGAGGAGAUGGGAGAGGCAGGACUUGCAGCGCGAUCUGUGUCACAAAUAGAACUGACUUCUAUUUUAGCCCUUGGCAACGCAGACGCUCGUUGGCACGAUAAUUGAAUAAUAUAGAUUUCUAAAUUAAUUUUGCAACGCUCGCGCAAGCGGUGUAGUCAGCCUGUUAUAGUGUCCAUAUUAGGACAGGCUCGUCGUACUCCUUAGAAAAGAAUCAUGACAUUUAGAAUGAUUCGGUCCAUAAAAAGGAUAUGACCACUACAUGUCAUGACGACAACAGACAUUACCUGAAUUAGGAAAGCUGCUGUUUGGUAAUAAGAGACUGCUAUGAGGUGGUUAUGGUUCAAUGGUUUCUAAACAGACAUACUUUUUAUAUAAUAAUAUAUGCCGUUUAGCAUAUAUGCCAAUUUGACUUAUUGUCAUCCGUGCAUACAUUUGACAUAUGGGUGGCCCCGGGAAUCGAACCCACAACCCUGCAAGCGCCAUGCUCUACCAACUGAUCCACACAGGACCACUGAAGGUAGAUUUGAAAUACACUACAGUCUGCUAAAUGGCUCUCCUACUUGUCAGCGAAGUGAUUGGAAACCCUUUCAGAAUGGGUAGAGAGGAGGGAGAGUGUGCAUUGACAAUGGGACAGAUGCAAUUGUUGUUCGCGGUACCGUUGAACACCAAGUAACUCGACGGUGAAUGUGGGAAGAUCAUUACGAGUGUCGUAUAUGCGUUUCACAUAAGCCUUAGCUAUUCUCUAUAAUGUGUUUCUAGCUAUUAUAGAACAGAAAAUCCAGCAGAAGUGGAUCCUCUAUCAUUAUUUUGUUAUGUUGCAUUGUCUAUUCUGUUCCUUAUGUGAGAUUUUCAGGUGUAAGAUUUUCCACUCGUAGCAUUAGUAAACAACAAUGUCAUUUCUGAGAAACUGAUGCUAGUGUCAAGACUGCGUUCAGUUCUAAACAAGUAGUGCUUUAUGAUUAUGAUAUGUAAAUAAAUCUGUCAUGUUUAAAAAGGAUGUGUAGGUAUAGACUUUGUCACAGAGAAAUAUAAUAAUUAACUUUGAUGCAUCUUACCGACCUGACUGCCAACCAAUGAUCUAUAUAAUACCGGGAUUACUGAUGCUAUGUAUUGGCCAGUGAGAGGCUUUGAAGCCACCUGCUGCCAUAUUGGUACUCCUCAGAAUGAACAGCCCUCAACAGGAAUGAAUUCUAGUGUUUCAAUUAAAAGGGCAAUGUUACAUUUAUUUAUUUAUUGUAGAGUGGGGACCGUAACAUUAGUACUCAAUGAAAAAUUCAACUUUAAGGAAAAUGUUUUAAUAUAUUUUGUAUUUUAAUGUUUCUCACAUAAUAUAUUUCAAAAGUAUGCAUUAAGGUGUCUAAUGGAAUAUACUUGCGAAAAUGUAGGAAUGUAGACCAAUCUCUUUACAAUGGUGGAGGAGUAUGAAAAUGUCUGUAGCGGCAUCCAAACAGCGUCCUGUCAGUCAUCUAGGGUUUGGGUUUAUCUACAUGAUUGGGGCAACCUGAGUGGUGGUAGAAAGAGUGAGGCUGUGUUUACACAAAAUCUGAAAAAAAUUCUGGUAGUUUGGUCAAAAUAAUAAUAAAAAAUGGAUUUGUUUUCUUCUCAAAUAAUUUACAUAUUUGUUAAAGCCCAAUGGCGUGUUGAGUUUGAACAUACCAGGAACAGCAUAUUUCAACUAUGACUUUGCCUGCAGGGAAAUCUGUGUUUAAAACUGUUUAAAGGAAGUUUCUCUUUUAGUAUGCAGUGGGGCAAAAAAGUAUUUAGUCAGCCACCAAUUGUGCAAGUUCUCCCACUUAAUUACAGGCCUCUCUCAUCUUUUUUUCAUCAUAUGUACACUUCAACUAUGAAAGAAAAAGUGAGGGGAAAAAAGUCCAGAAAAUCACAUUGUAGGAUUUUUAAUGAAUUUACUUGCAAAUUAUGGUGGAAAAUAAGUAUUGUAACUUUUUUGCAAAAUUCUUUAUCAAUAUUAAAGUAACAUUCCAAAAGUUUGCAGAACUGUAUCGCAAGUAAGGACUGGUGAACUUUUGAAAGGGCAACAGAAGUGGCUCCACUCGCAGGAAGUGGCUCCUCUCGCAGGCAAAAUCAUAGUUUGAAUGGGAACCCAAGGGGGUUUAUAAUAGCUCUUUGGUGACUGGGAGAAAAAUGAUAUUGUGAGUAAUGGGGCAUAUGUGAUAAGUCUGACAUUAUUGUGUUCAAGUGCUUUUGAAGGCAGACCAAUUCUUCAACCAAUAAGGUUUUAGCUAGCUUGAUAAGAUGGCUUAAGUUGCUAAUAAUAAGGUUAGCUAGCUUGCUUAACAUUGACAUUCUGGUCAAACUAUCUACGUUAUCAACAUAAAUUGAUACAUUUGUGAUUGUAAAAAAAAAAUGGUUAUGUUGUCAUUUGGUUGAAAAGGUGAAAGGUAAGUGGUGAAACUCGGGUAAUAAAAGGAUCAGUUUCCCACUUGGAGGGUCGUUCAAAACGUCCGAUAUCUCUGACAGCAUGUGACCGCUCCAUAAGAGAGCAAGAAAUAAGUGAAAAGACCAGUUAUAUUUCAUCCUUUCCAGUUGUAUUUUAUUGGCAGUGUAAGAGCAUGAAAAACAAGGGUGACAGUAAAUACAGUGAGAAUUAAUUCUAAUAAUGUAAUAUUUAUUAGAUUCUCUCUGAAUGCUCCUUUCCUCUCCUGUCUCCACUUCCAGUCGUACAUGAAUACCAAUAUUGAACAAAAAAUAUAAACACAACACGUGAAGUGUUGGUCCCAUGUUUCGUGAGCUGAAAUAAAAGAUCCCAGAAAUGUUC